CCGCAGCGGCAGCGGCGGGUGCAGCCUGCGGAGAGCCAGGCAGGGGACACUGAUCGGCAGGAGAGGACGCAAGAGCGCACGCGGCAAUCACCCAUCUUCAAUCCCCGCAGCAGCUGCUGACCCGCCACCAUGGCCCGCGGAAAAGCCAAGGAGGAGGGCAGCUGGAAGAAAUUCAUCUGGAACUCCGAAAAGAAGGAGUUUUUGGGCAGGACCGGUGGCAGUUGGUUUAAGAUCCUUCUAUUCUACGUUAUAUUUUAUGGCUGCCUGGCUGGCAUCUUCAUUGGAACCAUCCAAGUGAUGCUGCUCACCAUCAGUGAAUUUAAGCCCACAUAUCAGGACCGAGUGGCCCCACCAGGAUUAACACAGAUUCCUCAGAGCCAAAAGACUGAAAUUUCUUUUCGUCCUAAUGAUCCCCAAAGCUAUGAAUCCUAUGUGGUAAGCAUAGUGAGGUUCCUGGAGAAGUACAAAGAUUUGGCGCAGAAGGAUGAUAUGAUUUUUGAAGAUUGUGGCAAUGUGCCCAGCGAACUCAAAGAACGAGGAGAAUAUAACAACGAACGAGGAGAGCGAAAAGUGUGCAGGUUCAGGCUCGAAUGGUUGGGAAACUGCUCUGGAUUAAAUGAUGAAACCUAUGGCUACAAAGAUGGCAAACCCUGUGUCAUUAUAAAGCUCAACCGAGUUCUGGGCUUCAAACCUAAGCCUCCCAAGAAUGAGUCCUUGGAGACUUACCCAGUGAUGAAGUAUAAUCCAUAUGUCCUGCCCGUUCAUUGCACUGGCAAGCGUGACGAAGAUAAGGAGAAAGUUGGAACCAUGGAGUAUUUUGGCCUGGGCGGCUACCCUGGUUUUCCUCUACAGUAUUACCCUUACUACGGCAAGCUCCUGCAGCCCAAGUACCUGCAGCCCCUGAUGGCUGUGCAGUUCACCAACCUCACCAUGGACACUGAAAUCCGCAUAGAGUGUAAGGCGUAUGGUGAGAACAUUGGGUACAGUGAGAAAGACCGUUUUCAGGGACGCUUUGAUGUAAAAAUUGAAGUUAAGAGCUGAUCACAAGCUCUUUCCCACUAGCCAUUUAAAGAGUUUAAAAAGAUUCAGAAACAAAAAACCUACUAGUCUUGAACAAACUGUCAUACGUAUGGGACCUACACUUAAUCUAUAUGCUUUACACUAGCUUUCUGCAUUUAAUAGGUUAGAAUGUAAAUUUAAAGUGUAGCAAUAGCAACAAAAUAUUUAUUCUACUG